AAAGGUAAAGGAGGGAAAAAUCGUCGGAGGGGGAAAAACGAUGAUGAUGAAGCUAAAAGAGAAUUGAUUUUCAAGGAAGAUGGGCAAGAAUACGCUCAAGUCGUCAAGAUGUUAGGGAAUGGAAGGUUGGAAGCUAAAUGUCAAGAUGGUGAAACUCGUUUAGCUCAGAUUAGAGGACAGAUGAGAAAGAAGAUUUGGAUAGUAGCAGGCGAUAUCAUCCUCCUUUCCCUUCGAGAAUUCCAAGAUGGUAGAGCGGAUGUGAUCCAUCGAUAUACUCCUGAUGAAGCUAGGAAUUUGAAGAAUUACGGAGAGUUGAAACAAGAUACCAAAGUGUUUGAGAAU